AUGGGCGGCGCGCAGGAGAACACGGACCCGCACUUCCAGGCGUGGAAGGACGCGUCGGACGGGACGGCCUGCAUCCGCGACGACCGCUAUCUCGAGCCGUACGCGGACGCCCUACGCUACCGCUAUGCUAAGUAUCAGGAGAUCCGCUCGGCGAUUGACGAGUCGGAGGGCGGCCUGGACAACUUUUCGCGCGGCUACGAGAACAUGGGCCUGACCCGCGUCAAGGGCGGCGUGCGCUACCGCGAGUGGGCCCCAAGCGCAAAGGAGAUGUACUUCUUCGGCGAGUUUAACAACUGGGACCGCAAGGCUUGCCCCAUGAAGAGAGGAGAGUUUGGCAUUUGGGAGUGCUUUGUGAAGGAUGCCGAAGAUGGCGCCAUGGGCAUUCCGCAUGCUACCAAGGUGAAGGCUACUGUUAUUACGCAUGGGGGUAUGUCGCUGGAUCGUAACCCGGCCUGGGCUGGCUACUGUGUCCAGGAUAACUCGACCUUCUUGUAUGAUGCCAUGUUCUGGCAUCCGAAGGAGAGUUAUAAGUGGAAGUCUGAGCCCCAUGUGAAGCGUCCGCAGAGUCUCAGGAUCUAUGAGUGCCAUGUGGGUAUGGGGACCAACGAUUUGAAGGUCGGUACUUACCGGGAGUUUGCGGAUAACGUACUGCCCAGGAUCAAGGAGACAGGCUACACCGCCCUGCAGAUCAUGGCCAUCAUGGAGCACGCCUACUACGCGAGCUUUGGCUACCAUGUCACAAACUUUUUCGCCAUCUCGAGCAGGUCGGGCGCUCCAGAGGACUUGAAGUACUUGAUUGAUAAGGCCCACCAACUCGGCUUGUACGUCUUGAUGGACAUUGUCCACUCGCAUGCCUCGUCCAACUCCAUGGAUGGUAUCAACCAAUUUGACGGCACCGACCACCACUACUUCCAUGAGGGCGAGAGGGGGAGGCAUUCACUCUGGGAUUCUAGGUUGUUCAACUAUGGCCACUGGGAGGUCCUCCGCUUUUUACUCUCCAACCUGCGCUGGUACAUGGAGGAGUAUCACUUUGACGGCUUCCGUUUUGACGGUGUCACCAGUAUGCUCUACUUGCACUCGGGCAUCGGCGUCCAGUUUUCGGGUGACUAUGGAGAGUACUUUGGCUUCCAGGUUGACAUUGACGCCUGCGUGUACAUGAUGCUCGCCAACGAGCUCGUCCACUCGCUCUACCCGGAUGUUGCCGUUACCGUUGCUGAGGAUGUGAGCGGCAUGCCCACGCUAUGCGUCCCCGUCGAGCGCGGCGGGCUCGGCUUUGACUACCGCCUCGCCAUGGCUAUUCCGGACAUGUGGAUUGAGAUUUUCGAAAAGGAAAAGGACGAAAAUUGGAAGAUGGGCAACAUUGUCUUCACCCUCACCAAUCGAAGGUGGAAUGAGAAGACGAUUGGCUACUGCGAGAGCCACGACCAGGCCCUCGUGGGGGACAAGACCAUGGCAUUUUGGUUGAUGGAUGCCGCCAUGUACACAGACAUGAGCUGCGACGGCUACCCAUCGCCGGCCGUGGAGAGGGGUGUGGCUUUGCACAAGAUGAUCCGCUUGCUCACGAUGUGUCUCUCGGGCGAGGGCUAUCUCACUUUUAUGGGCAACGAGUUUGGACACCCCGAAUGGAUCGACUUUCCGCGCGAGGGCAAUAAUAACUCGUACCAGCAUGCGCGCCGUCGGUGGGACUUGGUGGAUAACAAGCAGCUGAGAUAUCGGCAUCUGUAUCUGUUUGAGCAGCAAAUGCACGCGCUGGAGGAGAAACACCCGUUCUGCCGCUUCCAGGUGCACCAGUACGUCGUUUUGCAGCACGAGACGGAUAAGGUCAUUGUUGUGGAGCGGGGCGACCGUCUGCUGUUUGUUUUCAACUUCAAUCAUUCGCAGUCCUUUACCGACUACCGCGUCGGGACAUACUGGGGCGGCCGAUAUCGGUUAGUACUCGACUCGGACGGGUCUGAAACUGGGGGCCACGGGCGCCUCGAUCGGAACGUGGUCCAUGAGACGCGAACAGAAUCGUGGCAGGAUCGACCGAAUUAUUUGCAAGUGUACGCGCCCGCCAGAACAUGCCAGGUGUACCAUUGCUAUGAGACAUGGGACGAAGUGUCGCAGGACAGUGGUCGGGUAGAGCCCAAACAGGCAGCGGUGACAGAAACGCCGUCGUCGGGUGUGACACAAGUCGAAGUUGUGGCGAGCAAACUUGAGGCUACAAACAUAAACGGCGCUGGAAACGGCGCUGCUCCAAAGCCCGAGGCUGCCGGGGCGAAGUAGGCGUUUCUCGGUGUGUGUGAUGUCUUGCUGAUUUGCUGCUGCACGAGGUAGGUAGGCUCGCGCAGACUAAAGAGGGAGAGGAAGAGAGAAAGAAUGAAGAUUGGGCUUUUUGCUGGAGCUUUUCAACAACUGCGGUUGUCUAUCUUAUUUGGACUUUUUUGUUUAACUUGUUAACUUGCUGGCAUUUUCGGCCUCGCCCGCAUAAAGAGUUGUGGCUCUCUUUCCCGCUGUG